UUUGCUAGUAGAGGAGGUCUAGAGUUUGCCCCACUUACAAUUCAGUUGGACUUUGAACGUGCAGCUCACAAUGCCGUGACUGAUGUAUUUCCUGGGACAUUAGUUAGAGGGUGUUUCUUUCACUUCACCCAAUGUAUCUGGAGGAGGGUGCAGAAAGAAGGUCUGGUGAUGGACUAUAAGGAAGAUGAGGGGGUGAAGAAGCUGGUGAGAAGAGCUGCUGCCCUCCCUCUAGUACCUCGUGACAAAGUGGAUGAUGUGUGGCUUGAUGCCAUUGCUGACUCUCCUGCUGGCCCUAAAGUGACUGCUUUCAUGGACUACGUGACAACCAGUUGGGUUCAAGGACAGGCCUUCAUCCCAGAGAAUUGGAAUCACUUCGAAAACCAAGGCCACCGUACCAACAAUCACCUGGAAGGGUGGCACAACAAGAUAAAGAAACUUGCCAAGAAGUGCCACCCGAACAUCUACGAGGUAGUGAAGCUAUUUCAGCGAGAGCAGUCACUCAAAGAGGUUGCAGUCCUGAGACUCUCUCACCAGUGGUCAGAGUUAGAUACCAAGUUGAAAUUUCAAGUCAUCAUCAGGAAAUUUCAAGAUGAUUACAGAGAUCAAGAUGCGAAGAUCAAGCUCCAUGACAACGAGGAAGCAACCAUGCGGUUCAUCGUCAAGAAAUUUGGAACUCCGUAA